UCUCAGCAGCAGCAACGCGUAUAUCAGAUGAAAUGGUUUGGCCCUCGGGGUUACAGGAAGUUGUAGCAGCUGCCAUGUUUAGCUGCUUUGUUGUAGAUUUCUUGUAGGUUUCCUGCAGAUUUUUUUAAGUGUGGCAAUGGAGCCGAGCUGGAGUUCAUUUUUAUUUCAGCAGGCCAAUGAAGCCCUCCACCACCAGCACCAGAACAGCCUACUGCCGCUGCUCAACUCUGAGCCGCAGGAUCAAAAGCCUGUUCUUCCCAUCCCACUCGACCAGAAACCCCCAGUCAGUGCGACUGACCUCCUAAAAGACAACAUGGGCGGUGGGACGGGCGGAGGGGGAGGAGGUGGUGGUCAGGUAGUAAUAAAGAAGGAGCCCAAGUCAAAGACUCCCUUCAUAUGCGGCUACUGUAACAAGGCCUUUCGGGACAGUUACCACCUCCGGCGGCAUGAGUCCUGUCACACGGGCAUUAAGAUGGUUUCACGGCCCAAGAAGACAACCACAGCGCCCACCAUGGUGUCUCUCAUUUCCACUGUGCCACGCGACAACAAUGGCAACCCCUCCUAUGUCUCCACAGUGGCGGGCAUCUUCACCACCGCCACCACCUCCGCAUCUGCAUCAACGGCCGCGGGCGUGAUGUCGGUCCUGCCUCAGCAGCAGCCGGCCGUACCCAAGAAACCCCCCAAACCGGUGAAGAAGAACCACGGCUGCGAGAUGUGUGGCAAGGCCUUCCGUGACGUCUAUCACCUCAACCGCCACAAGCUCUCACACUCGGACGAGAAGCCCUUCGAGUGCCCCAUAUGUCACCAGCGUUUCAAGAGGAAGGACCGCAUGACCUACCAUGUGCGCUCGCACGACGGUGGCGUGCACAAGCCGUAUAUCUGCUCCGUUUGUGGGAAAGGCUUCUCUCGGCCUGAUCAUCUUAGCUGUCAUGUCAAGCACGUACACUCCACAGAACGACCCUUUAAAUGCCAAGUAACGGCCUGCACGUCCGCCUUCGCCACCAAAGACCGUCUGCGUUCACACAUGAUACGGCAUGAAGGCAAAGUCACCUGCAACAUUUGCGGGAAGAUGCUGAGUGCCGCCUACAUCACCAGCCACCUCAAGACCCACGGCCAGGCCGGCUUCACCUCUCCCUGUAACAAAGACUCUAACAACAUGUGCAACUCUGCCUCAGUCACACCAGUCACUGCUUCAACCGCAUCCAACACUACGGCCAUGAACCGUGGCAUCGCCAGCAACCCCGUCACCAUCGCCGCCCAGAUGAACAUCACCACCAACACGGUCAACAUCACCUCCCCCGUCAGCCUUCAGCAUCCAGUCACCAUCACUGCUCCCGUCAACAUCACCUCGGUCAACAUCCCAGCUACGAUGCCCAUGAACAUCGCCCAUCCCGUCGCCAUAACCUCGCCCAUGUCAAUGAACAUCACCGGUCCGCUCAACAUUGCCAUGAGGCCAAUGGAAAGCAUGUCUUUCCUCUCGCAGGUCCUGCCUUCCACUCCGCCCUGGUAGACCCCAACAUCCCACCCGCCUUCUCCUAGUAAACCUCAUGUCUCCCGUUUUAGUCUUCCUCUCCAGAUGUGAGGGAAAAAAAGAGCCUGGAAGAAUGGCGAGUAUAGGAAAAUGACAGUCCGCAGCGGCAAGGAAUCAUGCGGAUGUUAGCUGGCACUUUGCGUCUCCUUCGCUCGGCUGAGAGAUUGUCUAGAGUUUAGUGACGGACAGAAAAAAUAGUUAUUGCAUGGAGUGGAAGACUUGACAUGCUGUAUGUUUGGUGAUUUCACUUUUCUAGUGCCAGAAGAUCCUUGCCAGUCGGCUGUUUGAAGCGGAGCGCUUCAUUGUUAGUGUUCACGGUUUAAGGACUUUGGCAAAUAUUAACUGUGAGGAUUUUAUUUUUGUUACAUUAGCUUGCUUAUCAGUAUUUCAUAGUUUUAUGCAUAUUAAUGAGUCGCGUACAACAAAAGGGACAGUGACUUCCAUUAAUGGAAGAUGAGAGGGUUUUUUUUUUUUUUGAGACAAUACUCUACAAAUGAGGAAAAUUUAGAAUAAUUUUUUAAAAGGCCUCCUUUCAUUGUAAGCCUUUUAAUCUGUAGCUGUGUUUUUAUUUGUAUUAUUAUUAUUAUUAUUAUAAUUAUUAUUCUUUAUAGGUAAUCUUUGGAGUUGGUCAUUCCUGAUUGUAGAAUAAUUACAUUCUGUUUCAAUAGCUGGGAUAUUCUUCUGCUUAGUGGGGUUGAACAUUAACAGUUACAAUCUUGCACUGAACACAUAUCUCUUCGGUGAUUAUUCUGAUGGCAGUAUUAUUUUAGAUCAAAUAUUUUGAGUGUUCGCAUAGAUGCCUGGUCACCAAGUGGCUGACUUCAACACUGAAAGGUCCAUUAUUAUUCUUAAGAGCAUUUAGUUUUGUAACCGUGACGUUUUUGCUCUUCCUUUCCAAAGGACGAGGGCUGUUUUUCCUCACACCGUGUCUACACCAGACGCGAGUGGCGGUGCGCGAUGUG